AUGGUUCCCCACAGCGCAGGGCAGGAGGAGAGUGGUGAGGAGUCUGACAAGCCCAACAUUAGAGACCAGAAGGAGCGGUGCGGUGUGAUCUGUGAAGCCCCCCUUGCCAUCUUCCCAGCCCCCUCGCCCUUCUCCCAGCCCCCUCGCCCUUCUCCCAGCCCCCUCGCCCUCCACCCAGCCCCCUCGCCCUCCUCCCAGCCCCCUCGCCCUACUCCCAACCCUCCACCCAGCCCCCUCGCCCUCCUCCCAGCCCCCUCGCCCUACUCCCAGCACCCUUGCCCUCCUCCCAUCCCCCUCAUCCUCUUCCCAGUCCCCUUGUCCUCCUCCCGUCCCCCCCUCACCAUCUCCCAGCCCCCCUCGCCAUCUACCCAGCCCCCUCGCCCUUCUCCCAGCCCCCUCGCCCUUCUCCCAGCCCCCUCGCCCCUCGCCCUACUCCCAAUCCCCUUGCCCUACUCCCAGCACCCUUGCCCUCCUCCCAUCCCCCUUGGCCUCUUCCCAGUCCCCUUGUCCUCCUCUCAGCCCCCCUCACCCUCCUCCCAGCCCCCUCGCCCUUCUCCCAGCCCCCUCACCCUCCUCCCAGCUCACUCGCCCUCCUCCCAGCCCCCUCGCCCUCUUCCUAGCCCCCUGACCAUGCCCUUCUCCCCAAAAUGA